AUGGCAAUGAAUUGUCCUUAUCAAGUGAGUUACUAUCCAACUGUACCAUUUGACUAUUGUGAUAUUGGAGAAAUUCGAGAAGAUUCAUCAGAUGAUGAUGCAAGUAUAUAUAUUACUAACAGUACUUUUUCUUUUCAAUCAACAUCUUAUGAAUCAAGGAUGGAUGAACAAAUUCAAAAUAAUGAACGUUCGUCAAAGAAAUUUAAAGACUUUACAGCUUGGGUUAAAAAAUUAGCUCGUAAUACUUCAACACACAAAAUGUAUAUUUGUGGUUCAAAUGCAUCUAUUAUAACAAAAAAAUGGUUAGAAGAAAUAGGUAAAUCAGCGUCUAUUGUUCAACUUAGUGAUGUCAGAACUCCUGAAUUUCUUAAUGCUAUAGCAUUAGGUGAUAUUGUAAUUGUUGAAGUUCCAAAUAUCAAUUCAUUGACCGACAACCUUGACACCUUCAAAAAUUUUAAACAAAACAAUAUUAUUGUUUGUUGCACUGAUAUUAAAAACUGUCCUAAAAAUAAAGGAGCUUCUUUCAGUGCUGUAUUUAAACGAAUUUCUCUCAAGUGA